GGGUUAGCGUUUUAUUCUGUGAAUGAUUAACGAACAACAAUGGCUUUACUGUUAAAUAAAAGUUGUGUGUGUGCACGUGCAAAGUUCUAUUUAUAUACAGUACACAUGUCCCUUUUUAGGGGACAUAGGUUAGAAAUACGGGGUAAGUUUAGUUACUGUCUGCAUACUGUAUGGCUUUGUAAUGUUUUGUCAGAAUUAUGUCAUUUUGUACUAAAAUUGAUAUUUUAAGGGCAUAUAUAUAUAUUUUUUUCAAGUCAGUGUCUGCUACGUGCCAAAUCCAACGGUACAUCUGUCAUUUUUAUAUUGUGCGUUUUCACACUUUUUUUUUUUUUUUUCUCCUCAGGUAGCUGCAUUAGCUACUUAACCUGCAGUAGUUGAUUGGCGGUGUCUCAUAUAGUGCCAGUUUAAUAGGAGGAAAACUGUGUGAAUUUAUGUGUGCAGUGUGAAUCAUCUUGUGGAUCCUCCAGAACUGCCUCUUGAGCAAGUCACAUGUUUCUUCAGCUACAUUUAGUGUUUUUUGUUGUCAAAAGUCAUUUUAAAUCACAGUAGAAUAAUAACACCUUCAGAAGUGACAUUAAAUCGGCCCAUAUCUACUUUCCUUCAUGACCACUGUCUGCAGGGCAGUUAAAUAAAUCAGCCUGACCUGUUUUUUUUUUUUUUUUUAUGUAAUAUAUAUUGUAAAUGUUACCGUAACUUUUUUUUUUUCUCUUUAUAGUGCAUGCAACACAUGAUCAAAUGUCACAUUUAACAAUCUCACCUUGCCUGUUUCUUUUUCAGGAAAUAACUGAAGUAAGGAACAAAAUAUAAAGUCUUAAACAUGAUUUCCCAAAAGACCAUUCUUUUAAGUAUAUGGAUAUGUGAGGCAGAGAUGGGUGGAGUGCUGGAGGUGAAUGAAGAGAGGUCAGAAAUUAGGCCAAAGCUGACAACAGAGAUGCUACUGAAGGACGGUCCGGGAGGAGCCUGCCUGCUUUAAAAAGAGAAAGAAUUUGAGCAGAGACAGAUGAGGAUGUUGUGUAGACACUAACUGUUGUCCUGCAUUGAUGGUCAAAUACAUUGGUGUAGAUAUUCUCAUUAGCACAGUCAUCAAGUAAGACCGGAGACUAUUGAACAGCCACAAGAAUGAGCAUCAAGGUAUUUGUAACUUGGGUGGCUCUUGUUACGAGUACACUUAUCUCGCCUUCAACUCAGAGCUGUAUAACUCAGUGGUUUGACCAUGAUGAUCCUAAUGAUGGAAAUGGAGACAGUGAGCUCUUGGCUGACCUUCUCGCUAUAUAUCCUGAACAAAUAUGUCCAAAUCCAAUCAAUAUAGAAGUAACAUCUGUCUCUGGCAUACCAUCAUCUCAGAUCUUUCAAGUGUUUGAUCCAGCAAUUGGAUUGAAGUGCAUAAAUUUAGACCAGAUAGGAGAGUUAUGUGAUGAUUAUAAGGUGCGCUUCACCUGCCCAGAGAAAUGGUGUUCAACAUGUAGGACACCUUGGUUUGACCAAGGAAAUCCAAAUAUACUAGGAGACUCUGAGACUCUGUCAUCAAUCCUGUUGGCAUACCCACUACAGGUCUGCGUUCAGCCCAUCGCCAUUGAGGUCGCAACCAUUGGUGGGAUCCCUGUAAUGCCAAAUGGACAUUUUCCAAUAUAUGAUCCAACAGAGGGCUUUGUUUGUGUGAAUGGAUGGUUGUGGUGGAAAUGGUGGUGUCAGGACUACAAAGUCCGUUUCACAUGUCCAAAGAGUUUUUGCAAGCCAAAGUGUGUAACUAAGUGGUUUGAUUCUGACGACCCUAAUACAAAUGGAGGCGAUUUCGAACUCUUGAUGAACCUCGUUAGUAAUUACCCUGAAGAAAUAUGUCAUAAUCCAAUUGGAAUAGAGGCUCAGACCGUCUCUGUCCAGCCACAGAAUCAAAUUUCACAAUACAUUGAACUGCAUAUUUCAGCAUCUGGGUUUUCUUGCACAUACGUAAAACCAGGAUUUUGUCUAGAUUAUAAGGUGCGCUUCGCCUGCCCAGAUGAAUGGUGUUCAACAUGUAGGACACCCUGGUUUGACCAAGAUAAUCCAGAUAAAGACGGAGACUGGGAGACUCUGUCAUCAAUCCUAUUGGCAUACCCGCUACAGGUCUGCGUUCAGCCCAUCGCCAUUGAGGUCACAACCAUUGGUGGGAUCGCUGUAACACCGAAUGGACAUUUUCCAAUGUAUGAUCCAACACAGGGCUUUGCUUGUGUGAAUCAGCUACUAAAUGGAUGGUUGUGGAAUUGGUGGUGUCAGGACUACAAGGUCCGUUUCACAUGUCCGAAGAGUUUUUGCAAACCAAAGUGUGUAACAAGGUGGUUUGACUUUGACGACCCUACAAAAGGAGGCGAUUUCGAACUCUUAACGGACCUUCAGAGUAAUUACCCUGGAGAAAUAUGCCCAAAUCCAAUCGGAAUACAGGCUCAGACUGUCUCUGGCCAGUCAGUGUAUCAAACUGGAAAUGACAUUAAAAUAUCAAUUUCAGCAUCUGGGUUUUCUUGCACAACGGGUUAUGUUACAUUUGGGUUUCCUCUCAAAAGACCAGGAUUUUGUCCUGAUUACAAAGUGCGCUUCACCUGCCCAGAUGAAUGGUGUUCAAAAUGUAGGACACCCUGGUUUGACCGAGAUGAUCCCGGUGGACUGGGAGACUAUGAGAAGCUGUCGUUACUCCUGAUAAGAUACCCACUACAGGUCUGCCCUCAGCCCAUCGCCAUUGAGGUCACAACCAUUAGUGGGAUCCCCGCACUGCCACCAGGAAACAUUUUUACAGUAUAUGAUCCGUUACAGGGCUUAGAGUGUGUGAAUGGGGCCUGUGAGGACUACAGGGUCCGCUUCACAUGUCCAUCAAGUUUCUGCAACUCAACGUGUGUAACCAAGUGGUUUGAUUCUGACAACCCUAAUACAAAUGGAAGCGAUUCUGAACUCUUGUCUGACCUUCUCAGUAUGUACCCUGGAGAAAUAUGUACUAAUCCAAUCGGAAUAGAGGCUCAGACCGUCUCUGGAGAGCCAGCAUAUACAACUGGAGAUGUCUUUCAAGUGUAUAAUCCAGCCACUGGGUUUCGUUGUGUAAAUGCAGACCAGACAGGAGGAGGACUUUGUGCUGAUUAUAAAGUGCGAUUCUCGUGCCCAGACACAUUUUGCUCAAGUUGUAGGACAUCUUGGAUUGACAAAGAUGACCCUGAUGAUCCAGGAGAUUGUGAGAUCCUGACAGCCCCACCACAGUUCUGCAAUCGGUCCAUUGCUAUUGAGGUGGUCACAACCGUUAGUGAGAGCCCUGCACUGCUGACUGGAAACCUUUUUCAAGUAUUUGAUCCACUACUGGGCUUUGAAUGCGUGAAUGAUCAGCAGGGUGGAGGGGUCUGUCAGGACUACAAGGUCCGCUACACAUGUUUGUGCAAGAGACAAGCUGUCUUAAACUUCACAUCUGUACUCACACUUGUACUCCCCUAAAAACGAACACGUCUGAAAAGUUUCUGCAAUACCCACUUACCUGAAUCCUGAUAAAAUGAAGCCAGGCAAAUGUUAAGCUUUUGUGAAACUACAUUUUUAGUUUAAAGAUAGCCAUGUUAGAUUUAAAAAAAAUAAAAAAAACAUUAAACA